UGGCCCACGGAAAAUCCCGGGCUGCCAGCGGCCUGGCUACCCCAGGCAGCUGGUGGUGCCCAGGGCGGGCUGGGGCCUGCCCCUCGGGAGGCAGGAGGCCCCCGGGUAAUGAGUGGGUGGGGCUGCCGUACAGACACGGCUGAGCUCAGCGUCUGGCUGUGUGGACAUGGCCGGGCCAGGGCUUGGGGGCCACCCCACCGGGCCGCUCCUGCCGCUGCUGUUGCUGCUGCUGCCACCCCUGGCCCUGCCGGAAGGACCCCUGGUGUUCGUGGCCGUGGUGUUCCGCCAUGGCGACCGGGCCCCCCUGGCCUCUUACCCCACGGACCCCCACAAGGAUGUGGUCUCCGCCCUGUGGCCCCGUGGCCUGGGCCAGCUGACCGGGGAGGGCGUCCGCCAGCAGCUGGAGCUGGGCCGAUUCCUGAGGAGGCGCUACAAGGCCUUCCUGAGCCCCGAGUUCCGGCGGGAGGAGGUGUAUGUUCGCAGCACUGACUUCGACCGCACCUUGGAGAGCGCCCAGGCCAACCUGGCCGGACUGUUCCCAGAGGCGGCGCCGGGACGCGCCGAGGCCGACUGGAGGCCCAUCCCGGUGCACACGGUGCCCGUGGGCGAGGACAAGCUGCUGAGGUUCCCCAUGCGGAGCUGUCCGCGGUACCACGAGCUGCUGCGCGAGUCCACCGAGGCCCCCGAAUACCAAGAAGCCCUGGAGGGCUGGACGGAUUUCCUGGCACGUCUGGAGAACUUCACCGGGCUGGCACUGGUUGGGGAACCGCUCCGCAGGGCGUGGAAGGUUCUGGACACCCUCAUCUGCCAGAGAGCCCACGGCCUGCAGCUCCCGUCCUGGGCGUCCCCUCACGUCCUGCGGACGCUCGCCCAGAUCUCGGCCCUGGACAUUGGCGCCCACGUGGGCCCACCCAAGGCGGCGGAGAAGGCCCAGCUGAGUGGGGGGAUCCUGCUGGACGCCAUCCUGGCCAACUUCUCCCGGGCCCAGCGCCUGGGACUGCCGCUCAAGAUGGUGAUGUACUCGGCUCACGACAGCACCCUGCUGGCCCUCCAGGGAGCCCUGGGCCUCUACGACGGCCACACGCCACCCUAUGCCGCCUGCUUGGGCUUCGAGUUUCGGAGACACCUCAGGGACCCGGACACCGACGGAGGGAACGUCACCAUCUCCCUCUUCUACCGCAACGACUCUGCCCGUGCGCCCCUGUCCCUCAGCCUCCCCGGGUGCCCCGCUUCCUGCCCACUGGGCCGCUUCCGCCACCUGACGGCCCCGGCUCGGCCCCCAGCGCAGGGCAUCCCCUGCUACGGCGUCUAUGAACCCGCCACCUCCCCAGGUGACGGCCUUGUGCGCUGGGGGUGGGAGCCCGGGGAGCCCAGGCCGGCAGACUCACAGCCCCCGUGUUCCUCCCGCAGCCACCGCGGUGCCCCUGCUGGCUGGAGCCGUGGCCCUGCUGGCAGUGCUCAGCUUGGGGAUGGCCCUGCUGGCCCGGAGACCGGCCUGCCUGCGGGCCUGGGGGGGGGCCGUGUGAGCUGGGAAACCAGGGCGCCCCUCCCCCUUAGCUGACACUGGAACCCAACACGUGUGCUCCC